CUUGAAUGUUAGCGAGCGAGCCAAUCAAAAAAAGGCGCUGGCGCAGUGAUAUUUGCAUACGUGCGUGUAUAAAACCUCUGUCGCUCACUGAGGAAAGUUAUUGUGCUCACGAGCUAGACUAACUUAAGACAACAUGCCUGAAUCUGCGAAAUCAUUGGCAAAGAAGGGCUCCAAGAAAGCUGUCGCCAAAGCGACGGGCAAGUCCGGCAAGGGAAGGAAAAAGGCGAGGAAGCAGACUUACUCUAUCUACGUGUACAAGGUGCUCAAGCAGGUACACCCCGACACCGGCAUAUCGUCCAAGGCCAUGAGCAUCAUGAACUCGUUCGUCAACGACAUCUUCGAGCGCAUCGCCUCCGAAGCCUCUCGCCUGGCUCACUACAACAAGCGCUCCACCAUCACGUCCAGGGAGAUCCAGACCGCCGUCCGCCUCCUGCUGCCGGGCGAGCUGGCCAAGCACGCCGUGUCCGAGGGCACCAAAGCCGUCACCAAGUACACCAGCUCCAAUGAUGAAAACUGCAAUCAUGUCAUAACUCUCGAGACCACAUUCUGAACGCAUUCUGCAAUCCUUCAACUUCAUUGUGAUGAGGAGUAAAAACAACAAAUCCAUUUGAAUUCAUGUGUUCACAACUCUCCACCACGCCCGUAAUGACCGAACCGUUCGUUAUUCACCGUUACUGACGUAAGAGAGGAACUGCUUUUGUUUUUCUUCCGGUUCUUCAAAAUAAAAGCUUAACCGCUUGCCCAACAGCCACCAACUAGGAAGUGUUACUUAGCAAUGUAUUGCAAAGUGUAUACUUAUGUUCAAUCUAUAUAUGUCGUGUACUUGUUUGUUAUAGUGUUACAAUAUCGCUAGUAAUAGUUAGCAAUGCUUUUAACUUGGAGGUUCUGUAAAAUAUGACGUAUUUUGGUCAGCCAAUAAGGAAGCUGCGUUCAAACAUGUUUAAAUUUUGGGUGAGAGUGAAAUAUUUAAUCCUAAUCCAGAUUUUAAUUCUUUAGGAUAAUCUGUCUGUGGAUUUGUCCAAAAUAAAAGGGGAAACUCAUUUUAAUUUCGUAGUUUUGGAGUUUUCAUUUUUAUUUUUUUGUUACUGUAUGCAGCAAUUGUUCACAACUCUAUUUAACCGUCGUAUUUUAAAAAAUGACAGAAUAAUUAGAUUUAUUAUGGCCUUUUAAAUGCAAAAUUCCCCCAAACUAAAAUGUGACACUCGUAGCAGACAGCAGAAUCCAUAUUAUGAUGUUUCAAGCACAAUACAAAACUGUUCCAAAGUCCACAUUAUUACGUCUCAACUAUCACUUUCUCUUACACAAAUAUGUCUUUUGAAAUGAUUUAUUGUAUAUUGGAAUUUGGAACACUCCUCGCUUCGUCGUUGAAACGUUCGCUUUUAGAUUUGCGUGACCAGUAGCCGUUCGCCCCUCCUGGCGGUGAUUGGUUCUAUUCAAAAACCUCUCGCCCAAUAGAGGAGCGGCUUUCACGCGGGCUCCUCCCCAACGCACCAAUCAGCGCUGUCUUGUCUGUAUAAAAACACGCAGUCGCCGGCGUUCCGGCUAACUGU